UAAAGCAUUCCACAACUUUCCGAACAGACAGAAUACAAACCCGUGCAUUCUGUGCGAAGUUCCGACUUCAAGAGGAAAUGAAAUGCAAGUAAACGUAUCGUCAUUUGUCUUACUACCACCCCUAACUUUUUAUAAAACAGUAACGGACAGUAUUUUUUUAUUAUUUUUAUUUUACCCCUGUCGUGUCAGGACCUAGUCUGUCCCAAAAGCACGGUGAUAAUUAUCUCUACCGGGGCUUGAGGUUCGUCGUCUUAAGGAGGAGCUACAGACAGGGAGAUCCUACGGGGAAGAGAAUCUGCUUUUGAAGAAGGAACAAAGACAGAGGGAAGUAGAGGCAGACAACAGUCAGCCCGGCAGACACCACUGGGGCUGCGUUCUCCACGCUUGCUAAGGAUGGGAGCUGAGCCAUAGGGGGACAGGCAGCAGAAGCAGCCCUCAGAGGAUGUAUUAACAUUAGCAAAAACAGACAAAAAAAACAGACCAGAAAACCAGCAGCAAUAAAGGCACACCAGGGGACUGAAAUAGCCUUCUGCUUACACGUAUCAUGCUGACAGGGCAUGUUGUCGUGAAUCAUAAUAUCGGAUCGCUUGCCUUUUUCUCAGAGGUCGGGGAGACGAUUUCAGUGAAGAUUGCUGCUGGAAUAUUAUUGGCAUCGGAGUUGUGAGGCCAUCUCCGAUUCAGUAGCAAUUAAAAGAAAACUGAACUAAGACAAAGUGAACUGGUGAAAUAAAAAAGAGCGGAAGAUGGAGCAGGGAGAAGAGAGGCUGACAGCGAACGACAAGGGUCUCAUCAGGGACAGCUGGGAGAGACUGGGGAAGAACAAACUCCCACAUGGGACUGUCAUGUUUGCCAGAUUGUUCGAGCUGGAGCCAGAGCUGCUGAAGCUCUUUCACUACAACGCUGCCUUCAGUAGUGUGCAGGAGUGCCUCUCCAGCCCGGAAUUCAUUGAUCACAUUAGUAAGGUGAUGCUGGUGAUAGAUGCUGCAGUUAGCCAUCUCGAUGACCUGCAUUGCCUGGUCGAAUACCUUGUGAACUUGGGUCGGAAGCACCAGGCUGUCGGUGUGAAAACCCAGUCAUUCAAUGCUGUUGGGGAGUCCCUGCUCUAUAUGCUGGAAUGCAGUCUGGGACCAGCUUACAGCAUGGAGCUCCGAGAGGCCUGGGUUACCCUCUAUGCCAUCGUGGUGGAGACAAUGAGCAGCGGCUGGACAGAAAACGGAGAGAGCAAGAGCGACUGAAGGGAGGAGAGAACGAGAGCGACUGAAGGGAGGAGAGAACGAGAGCGACUGAAGGGAGGAGAGAACGAGAGCGACUGAAGGGAGGAGAGAACGAGAGCGACUGAAGGGAGGAGAGAACGAGAGCGACUGAAGGGAGGAGAGUGAACUCUGUGACCUAAGGGGGGUGUAGUUUACGUCGCUGUUCUAGGCUCACUGUGUUACUGGGGCUCUUGCACUGGCUGUGCAUGAGAGAGAAGGAAGAGGGAUAUUAUGAAUUGUUUAACAUUGUUUAAUUAUUUUCUCAAAGGUAAUGCUGCAGGGACAGGAUAUGUGCGGCGAUCAUAGUUAGAGCCGCCACAUUCUGAAGAAGGAGUGUUGCUGGGAAGCCUUCAUUGUGGUUUUAGUUUGUUUGUAUAUAAGAGGCCGGUCUGUAUCUAAUAGCUUGGCCCAUGCUAGGUGAGCAAACUUCUAUGCUGUUCCUUAACAGACCAGCGAUCCCAGUUCAUGGGGUUGGGAUUGCGGAGUACACUUUAUAUAAAUAGCUUUUACAGUUUAAGAAUUUAACGUUAGAGCUGCAUAUAUUAGAAAUAUGAUCAGGAAUUGUGAACUGUGUUGCACAGCUGACACAGAGUUCAAAAUUAGACUAAGUUAUACCAGACUGUUAUAAAAAGAUAAGAAUUGUGACUUAAUGCUUUUUUACUCUUGUCUUUUUUUAUUAUUUAGAGUAGGCUGUGUUCGACAACCUUAUUUUUGAACACUGAUGAUUGAAAAUGCGUAUCUCAAUUUGUUGUGCGUAGAGAAUUGGUAAUAGCAUGCCAUUCCUUUUUUUCUCUGUACCUCAGCUUGUACGAGGGUGUAGCUCCAGUAUCUGUGUGGUUGCCUCGUGUUAAUGAAGGCACAAUGUCGAGCUGUGUGGAACAGUUACACAGUAACCCCUUCUCUGUGAAGUGCUGAUUAUUCUCUUGUUAAAGAUUCAGUUUUGCUUCAUUAACCACUUGUGCUAAAGGUACUACAUUUAGUGUAUAGCAUAACACCCAGAUUCCUUCCUUUCUCCACCCUGCAGCUGUGGACAACAGUUUUAUAUCACCCUAUAGAAUUCACUCAUUUUGCUUUAACAGUCCUAAUACGGUCAUGCAACAUGCACCUCUUGGUACACCAUUUGAUAUGGAUUUUAAAGCUGUUCCUGUUUCUGCAUUCAGGUUCCUCAGUGCUGAGCUGAAUUAGCUCACAAUAUCAAUAACCUUACCAUUGCAUUGCACCCUUUUGAACAGACAUGCUUUUCCUAAACAUUAGUCCCUACCCUUAGCUGGAUUUAUGAAACAGCAACCUAUCCAUACACAUUUAUUGAAUUGUAGGAAAGUGAUCGUGUAUCUCGGCUUGUGGUGAUUUACAACCAGUGCUUAGGGGUGUAAACUAAAGAUUAUCAGUACUUCAUCCAUUGAGAGAAAAGAUCACACUGUGCAUUUUAAUGAGUUGCUGUCAGAAGAAAUCUCUACAGAUUUUCAGCAACCGUUUUUUUGAAGAUGGUCUCUAUCCCUAUACUGGGUUGGUAAAAUGCUUACUUCUCCUGAAUGAUUUAACACAUUCGACAGUCAUUGCUCUUUCAACACAUUCUCCAGAUCCAAUGCUUUCUUGACUUGGUUUUUAUCAUAUUCUUACUGCAUGUUGCUGUACUUUACUGCCAGCUAUUUGUUUUUCUGCAGUUACCAGCAGCUAUGAAAAAUGAAUACCAACCCCAGUAGUUAUCUGUCCUGGGUUUUCGGUUGUGUAAAUUAGUCUCAUGUGAAUUGCAGACGAAAUCUUUGUACUGCACAGAUUCAACGAUACAAAAACAAUGCCAAGGUAUUUUUGGUAACUAUCUACACCUAUGCUAAUGUGGCUUAGUGUUUUAUAAAGUGUUGUAUACUGUACUUGUUGUUAUCUUUGAAAGGGUGAUGUGCAUCUUUGUCUUGAGCAUGCUUAUCCAAAGAAAGCAGCAGUGGGAUUGCAGAUAGAGACCAGGCCUUCCCUUUACUGCGUACUGUGGAUGUAUCUGUCCUACAGCUCACAGCAUCACUACACUUUACACUGUGUAUUUACCCCGUGGUUACUUACUACAUGCACGUGUGCUCGCACAUGGUUACAAUGUACUUCAUGUGUCCCUCUUUCUACACCUUAUAACCCUAUCCCUUUUCUGAUACAAUUCUGUAUGUCCAUAUAUGAAGUACAUUGUAACUAUGCCUCAUGACAUUGUAAUUAUGUGUAAGUACACAUGUAUUUGCUAAGUAACUACUCUGUAAAUACACAGUAAUUAGAGACACUUCCUGUAAAGUGUUUCCAACAACAUCUCCCUUCCGAGAGCCAUCAGCCCACGUAUUUCACAGCUGUAAUCACAGGCUCAGUCAGUGUAAAGAGAUAUCUGUGUGCUGCCUGGAUUUCUAACUUUUGGUCUUGUGUGUGUGUUUUAGCAGUGUGCUCAAACCCUUGAUAAAGCCAAUCUCACUGCUCUCGGCACUUUCCUAAGCAUGCCCAGUCGACAGGAUGCAAGACUCUCCAUUGUGAUAUAGAAGUGUUCAACUUUCUGCCUUGUCUUAAUGUCUACCUCAUCUGUUUUGAACACACAUUGGUCUUUGCCUGAACAUUUUUGUACCAAAAGCAUAUACUAUUUAAUGACCUUUGACUAUUCAAAUUAUUAGCUCCUGGUUCCAAACUUGUUCAGCUUGGUAAAUAAAUCUGUUGCAUUUUUAAAUGUUCUGUAGUGUACGAAACCCACCUGUUUCUUCGCAAAUAAAAAUAAUUUCAUGUA